AUGGAAACAAGUUCAACUAAGAGGCAGCAAUUGGAAAUCCUAACAUCCACUUCACUGCCUACACUUCCAUUUGAUCUUGUUGCACAUAUUUUCUCUACACUUCCAGUCAAGCUCCUUCUUCAACUUCGUUGUCUCUCCAAGUCUUUCAAUUCUCUGAUAUCUCAUUCCAAUUUUGCAAAGGAACAUCUUAAUUCAUCAAUCAACCGCCACCACCUUAUGCUAACCUCUACAAACGAUUUAACUGAAUUACUUCUCUUUCAUUCCCCAAUCUCUUCUAUUCUUUCAACUUCUACCCUUACGCAAACACAACUCAAUUAUCCUAUUACUCCCAAAAAUUUCAAACACGGUCCUCCUUUCGGUUUCUCCUCACGUGACGGCAUCCUUUGUUUUUCCAUUGAUGAAUCUUCUGCUGUUUUGUGGAACCCCUCCAUUAGAAAAUUUAAGUUAUUGCCUCCUUUGAAAAGUUCCAAGAAAACAUUUUCGUGUUCUAUGUAUAGCUUUGGGUAUCAUCAUUUGCGUAAUAGUUAUAAGACUAUUGCAAUCUCAUUCUGUGUUGAAAACAAAACCGAAGUUAGUGUUAAUACUAUGGGUACAGAUUGCUGGAGAAGGUUAAAGGACUUUCCAUGUUAUGGCUACAUUUAUGGAUCCGGAGUGUUUCUGAGAGAUACUGUUCAUUGGUUAACACAUGCUUACGGUAGUAGUUCCUUGUGUGCCAUUGUUUUUCUUGAUUUGGAGAAGGAGUCGUAUGGAAAGCUUUACAUGUAUGAUUUGAAGCAGUUCAACUGCAACUUGGGGGUGGUUAGGGAUUGCUUAUGCAUAUCUGAAUGGAAUGAUACGUUUUUCAACGUUUGGAUCAUGAAGGAAUAUGAAAAUAAAGAAUCUUGGACUAAAUUGUACAACAUUCCGUAUAUGAAAGAUCAUGUUUUGUGUUCCUAUAACAAUGUUUUAUAUGUUUCAGAAGAUGACCAACUGCUCCUGAAAUUUUAUGACUUGGGAAGUAAGAAAUUAAAGUUGGUUAUUUAUGAUUCAAAAAAUGCUACUUGGAAGAUUCCUGAGAUUCAAAACUUCAGAUAUUCAAAAGUCUACGUUGAAAGUUUGAUAUCGCCUUGUUCUUAA